CGACCGGACCCGCGUAAAUCGGUGAAUCCAUAGAGUGUUGUCCUGAAACCAGCAUACCUGUUGAGGAGUAAAGAGGAGUCAUGGCUUUUGAGGAGCUCAAGAGUAAAGGAGGGCUUGAUGCUGGUAUGGAGGGAGACAGGGGUCUAGUAGCUGGUCGUAGCCAGAGAGAGAAGAGGAGGUCAUACAAGGACCUGCUGAGGGAAGAAGAAGAGAUUGCUGCUCAGGUCCGCAAGUCCUCCAAGAAACGUCCCAAGGACUCAGAGCUUUUCCUGCUGGGAGGGGACCCACACAAAAAGAAGAAGAAACACAGUGAUGAUUAUUAUUACAGAGACCAUGAAUGCUCAGGUCAGCCUCCCCACAAAAAAAAGCGCAAGUCAGCAGAUCGUUCUCCACCGCUCUCCUCGCCCUCCUCUCACCCUACAGACACGGCCAUGGGCCUUCUACAAGCUAUCACCUCCCCCUUAGCCACAGGCUCAGACCCCAGUCCCCAUCUGCACAAGAAACCCUCCUACCCCUCCUUCUCCUCGCAUUCCUCGAAGGAGCGUAAACGUGAGGGCGGCAACAGCGGGAACAAAGGUAGCCACACCUUCUCUCACUCCCGCCCAGUAUCUUCAUCUUCCUCUUCGUCAUCCAAGAAACACUCCUCUUCUUCCACCAAGUCAUCUCUGUUCCAUGGGGGAGCCCCAAAGGAGGAGCCCCUAACGCUGCGCGAGGCAGAUGGGCUUAAAAUGAAGCUCAUCAUGUCGCCGGAAAAGGAGGAAGGAGAGAGCUUCCCGUUCACACCACACUCUUCUAAAGGAGGCAUGAAGAAGGAGAAGGACAGAGAUCGGAUGCAGCUCUCCAAAUCCCCCAAGAAGAAGCAGCAGCAGAGUCGAGAGCCCCUGCCCGUGGUGGGGAAAGAGGUGGAGGUAGAAGGUCACUAUGGAGGUGGCAUGGGAGACGAAAGCUCUUCCUCUGGCGGGGAACUGGAGGCGGGGGAGCUUGUUAUCGAUGACUCAUACACGCACCUGUCGAAGAAGAAAAAGAAGAGCAAGAAAAGCAAGAAGAAAAAGGACAAAGAGAAGGACAGGGACAAGGAAAAAAGUGGAAGGGAGAAGAAGCACGGAAAAGGAUCUGGAGACCCAUCCAGGGGCCAUAGCCACCCUCAUCCCACUGUCACCCACAGUGCUGUUGGUCCAAUGUAUGCCAUGGCCCCCCCAGUUCCUCCUCACCAACAUCAAUGUAAUGACGGAAUGAUGGAGAAGAAAAAAAAGAAGGAGGAGAAAGAUAGGGAAAAACAUGAGAAGGAUAAAGAUAAGCCGAAGAAGAAAAACACAACAGCGUAUCAGGUGUUUUGUAAGGAGUACAGGGUCAACAUAAAUGCAGAGCAGCCGGGACUAGUGUUUGGUGAACUCAGUAAAAAGUUGGCAGAGGUGUGGAAGGCCAUGCCCGAGAAGGAUAAAUUGGUGUGGAGGCAGAAAGCCCAAUAUCUGCAGCACAAACAGAACAAAGCAGAGGCUACCACAGUCAAACGUAAAAGCUCCACAGAUGUAAAAAGCAAAGGUGCUCUGAAAAGUGUAGGAAUGGGAACAGGGAUGGUUUCCCCCAGCAGAGCAUCAGGGGGUGCGUCCUUGUCACCAGCACGGGCCCCAGAUGUUGAUCCCAUUGAUGCAGCUGCUCACCUACAGCUACUAGGAGAGUCCCUGUCCCUGAUUGGCCAUCGACUACAGGAAACUGAAGGGAUGGUAGCAGUGUCGGGGAGUUUGUCUGUGCUGCUGGACUCCAUCUUAUGUGCCCUAGGGCCGCUGACGUGUCUCACAGCGCAGAUCCCACAGCUCAAUGGAUGUCCUCGCAACGUACUGUCUAAUACGUUGGACAACAUCGCCUACAUCAUGCCUGGGCUUUGAGCGAAGGAAGACGACUCGAGCGUUCCUCCGCCAUUUCCUGUGUGUUUUGGUUCUGCAAGUGAAGAGAUUUGAGUGGAAGUGCCCUUUUCACAGGAGUGGCUCUUGGGGAUGUGGACUUUUUAUUUAAGACACUUCUUGGCAUCAGAGAACUUGGACAUUUCUACUAUCGAUCUGUUUUUAAAGUGUAUUUUUUUAAAAGCUUUUUUCUGUUCAUUUUCUAAUUGUCGUAUUUUUAAAGGAAACCUAUUUUACUGAACACCUUUGAAAAUUCUUUGGCAUGUUUGCUUGGUUUUACAUACAGUUGGUUUCUGUAUGAACAGAGUGCAUGUAUGCGUCCGCGUGAGUCCGGGUGAAUGGGGUUUUAAUUUGUCUGAUGGAUAAGUAUAUUUGACUUGUCAGUGUAAGACUGCUGCACAUUUUAAUGUCCAUAAAAUCCACACGUUCAUAGACAAUGUUCUGGAGGAUAACGUUUUUACUCAGAUGUACAGGUACUGUUGAGUCAGGGUCCAAAAUCUCAUUUUGCUCAUCGACAUAAGAAUAAUAUAUUUGACAACCUGCGAAUUUUUUUUUUUCUUUUACCAUGUAAGUAUUUCAUGCCUUGUUUUAUACGUGCUAUUUUACCAUGCAUACGGGAUUUAGAUUUUGACUGUACCUUUAGAACUUGAGAUGUACUAGAAAACUUUUAAGCGCGACCUUGGGGAAAUGAGCUCUUCUAGUCAUUUUCAUAUUCAUGUAUUUCCUGUUGGACAGCCUCUUGUAUGGAAAUGGGGGGAAAGAAAAAAAAAAUUAAA